GGCGAAUCGUCACAAUCGGAUUAUGAGUGUGGAUAUUAUGCUGGUCACCUUAUUACUAAGGAGCGAUGCGAUAUCUCUCGGCCACGGGCGUAGCAAUGCUGGUGCUCACGGGACGAAGCAUGACUGGUACACCGACCAUUGUCGAUAUCCAACACCGCAUGGAUCUCCGCAUCUGACAACCAUACACAGUGCCUAACGAGCCUUAGGGCGUAGUCCGGAAGAUGAGAGCCUAUUCGCCCCAUAUGCUAUGCACCCAAUUUGCCGGCCAAUCCUGCCCCACCACGACAAUGUGGGGUCGGUUGUGCUACACUCCAGCUUCGACCCGACACAAGCGCGCACCUCCUGGAGGCGAAUUAGUCAUCGAAUUCCACGCAUCUGUUGUUCUUCAGAGAACUAAAGUGACAGACGUCUUCGCGCUUGGCCGUUCCGCACUGGCCUGAAGCAACAUACACUCCCACAAAAGAGACCUACCAGAGACGUCGGCUAUGGCUAUCGAACAGCUUUUCGACCUGCCUCUGCAUCAUUUGCAAUAUGGCAUCUCAAAGUUCGGCGCUGCUAAUAUCGCAUUUGCGGUGCUUGUAACGGCUGCUCUUGGUGUAUUCGUGGAUUAUGCAUGGAUGCUAUACUUAAGAUCGAGAAUGCCGCCUGGGCCACUGCCAUGGCCCAUCAUCGGCAACACCUUCCAACUUCCGGAUAACAAACCCUGGAUAUACUUCGAAGAACUGUCCAAGAAAUACAAUUCGCCUAUCAUCACGUAUUGGAUUGGACGUAACCCAACAGUCUGGAUUAACGAUGCCUGGACGGCUAGCGAACUUCUUGACAAGAGAGCGGGCAUCUACUGCUCUCGACCUCGGAUGUUAGUCUUUGCGGAACUAGGCUCCGGCCAAAACAACCUCGUAAACAUGAUCACCACCACUCCUGAGCAACGGGAUCGCUGGCGAGUGCAGCGAAAAGUCACGCAUCAGGGUGUUGGGGUUCAGAAAGUUAGGGAUUACCGCAAUUUCCAGAACGACGAGAGCAAGGUUGUCGCCUAUGACAUGCUCAAAACACCCGAGCAAUAUGUUGCGCAUUUCGAACGCUACGCCACGAGUGUAGUUUCUAUCAUUGGAUUCGGAAGACGUGUAUCUGAUCACACCGAUCCGAUUAUUAGUGAAGUAAUUGCCGUAAUGCACCGGGCUGCGGAUUUGAACGUACCCGGAAAGACUUUCCCCAUGCUUCUCGAAACCUUUCCUUUGCUUGCGAAGGUACCCAACGCUCCUUGGAAGCACGGUCUUGGGAAACGAGGCAAAUCCCACCGCGGACACGAUUUCUUCUAUUCUCUCGCCCACGAAGCCAACCAGAAUCCCGGCCAUGAUGAAUGCUACUCUAAGUUCUUAUUCAAAGAAGCCCCGAAAUACAACCUGAAGCCCCAAGAGAUCUCAGCUUUAGCUGGUAAUCUCUUCGGCGCUGGUUCAGAUACCUCCAGCAGCACGCUCAUUACUGCUGUGCUCGCCAUGCGCGCAUUCCCUGAGACCCUAAUUCCAGCCUGGGAAGAACUUGACCGAGUUGUUGGUCCUGAUCGCAGCCCCUCAUUUGACGAUGAGGCCCAUCUACCGUACAUGCGCGCUUUCGUCAAGGAAGUUUUCAGGUGGCGAUCUGUAGCCAUCAUAGGCGGUCAGCCUCACGCGCCAGUGAAGGAUGACUACUACAAUGGAUAUUUGAUUCCAAAAUUGACAUGGGUACAAGGAAACGUUUGGGCAAUCCAUCACAACGAGAGGGAAUUUCCGGAACCAGACCGUUUCAACCCGAGGCGCUACCUGAAAGAUGACCCAGCUUAUCGACCAUUCCCAGGCGAUAAAGGAUACAUGACCUUUGGAUGGGGAAGAAGAGUGUGUUCGGGUCAAGCAUUGGCCGAACAAGGGACGUGGUUGACGGUUGCGCGUCUAGUCUGGGGAUUUAAGAUUGAGCCUGCGCUGGAUAAGACCGGAAACCCCAUCCCUGUCGAUAUUUUUGACUACACUAACGGUCUGAACAUGCGACCCCAGCCCUUCAAGGUCAACAUCAGUCCGCGGAGCGACCGGAUCCGACAGGCUAUUGUUCGCGAAGGCGAAGAAGCGCUUGCAAAUCUUGCGCAAUACGAGGGCGAGACCAAAUACAGGAUGAGCACAUUCUAUAGCAACCCAAUAGAGUCAUGA